AUUUUAUUUACUUUAAUAAUUAUAACAAGAUGUACCCAUAUCCCUCAUUAGGUGUUUCUUAUGCUUCUCCUUUAUAAACAUCAAUAGCUAGACCAGUUCCAGGUAUGAAUUCAUGGAAAUUAAUACAUUUUAGUCGGAUAUGCAGCUCCAUUGUCAUAUGCUGCUCCAGUAUCAUAUGCAGCUCCAAUCUCAUAUGCUGCUCCAGUUUCUUAUGCACAACCUCAAUAUUCACCAAUCAGAGGAGAAUCUAGAGUUGAAUAUGUCCCAUAUCAAAAACCAGUCGUUGAAUUAGAAGAGGAAGUCAGAACUGUUUAAGUAUGUAAAUACGAUAUAAUUUUAGGUACCAAGAUAAAAGUGGGUUACAGAUUAUUACCCAGUAGAAUAUUAAAAGGAAUAUGUCCCAUAAGUUUCUUAUGAGAAAUAAAUUGAUUACGUUCCAGUUGAAAAGAAUGUCCCAAGAGUUGAUUAUUUAGAAUAUGAAAGAGAAGUAUAUUAUUUAUUCAAUAUUUUUUCUAGGUAAGAAGAGCUCCUCCAGCUCCAGUCUCUUAUGCUUCCCCUCUUUCUUACAGCUAUGUUGCUCCUGUAGCUCCUGUAGCUCCUUUGAGGACAAGUGUUGUUGCACCAACUUAUGGUUAUGGUGGUUAUGGAUAUGCUCCUGCUUACAGUUAUGCAGCUCCAACUUUUGGAUAUGGAUCAGUUUACAGAUAUUGAUUUUACAAUCAUAUAUUCGAUUAAUGCAAUUUUUAAAUAAAAAAUAA